GGGAAAUGUUUGGUUCCUCACAGAAUAGUAUCAGGUGAUCACAUCUGUUCUGAAGACAGUAGAGUGUUUGAGUGAACUCUUUCCAGACUCUUCAGUCCAAAGCUGCUCAGCCUGUUUUCCAUUCCAUUCCAGAAGGUUCUUGGCUGGAAACGGUCCACAGUGGAGCUCAGUGGAAGCGGUCCAGUGACACCUGUGUGCUUCUGAAGCCUGGGUCCCUUCAGUCCCAAGGACGUUCAACUACAACUGUGGACUUUGUGCAGGAAGAUGAAAGUGUCGGUGGUGGUUGGGCUCCUCAUCCACGUUUCCCAGCAUGCACUGGCUGUAGUGGUGCAGGCCUAUGAGGGGAUGGAGUCGGUCCUGCUGCCCUACCAGUAUUCUGACAUAUUACCAGACGAUCCUUCAGUGGUUUGGAAACGCUCUGAUCUGAACCAAACAGUUAUUCACCUGCUGAAAUACGACAGUGGCAAACUGAAAGAGGAAUACCGACACAGUGAGCACAUGUCAAUGAAGAAGAACAUUCUGGAAACUGGAGACUUCAGCCUCACUGUGAAGAAACCACAACUGUCUGACAGCAGCAACUACACCUGUAACCUCCAAUGGGAAGACAGGUGGGAGGGGCCUAGAGAACGGAGAAUGACAGAAGUACAGCUGCAGGUCAAAGAUGACCAGGAGGAGGUGGAGGUCCGGGAGGGGGCGGAGUCUAUCCGUCUGCCUUGUAAAGCUUCAGCCGAUCUGCCUGAAGACACCACAGUGGACUGGACUCACUUUGAUCCAGAACCGAUGGUGGUCCACGUGUCCCGGAGUAAAACUGAUGAUCUUCAAACACAGGACAGGUCUUACCGUGACCGCACACAGAUGAAUGAAGACAUGAGUCUGACUCUGAAAAAGCCCACAGACACAGACGGAGGUGUGUAUAUCUGCACCGUCUACAGGGAAGGAGACGUCCUGAGGUCUAAAGUCCUGCUCCAGGUGGUCCCAGAGGGUUUUCCAGCCUGGGCCACAGCUCUCCUGGUUGUCUUUGCUGUUCUUCUUCUAAUCCUUCUCGGACUUUCCUAUAAGUUUCGAGGGUACUUUCUGUCAGUCCAACAGGUGGAGGUGGAUUCAGGGGAGGAGUCUGUCCUGCUGCCCUGGAAAACCACAUUACAUAUAGAGGACGUCAGUCAGCUCACAGUGGAGUGGACGGUCUAUAAGAACAGGAAGGUCCAUGUGUAUGAGGACGGCUCUGACAGAACUAAUGAACAGGACGAUGAAUACAGAAACAGAACAGAGAUGAAAGAAGACCCACUGAGAACUGGAGACCUCAGUCUGACCCUGAAACACCCCACAGACCAGGACACCCACAUCUACACCUGCACCGUCUACAACAGAGAGAAGGAGAUCCUGAGGAGGAAACGAGUGGAACUGAAGGUCAAAGUCCAACAGGUGGAGGUGGAUUCAGAGGAGGAGUCUGUCCUGCUGCCCUGGAAAACCACAUUACAUAUAGAGGACGUCAGUCAGCUCACAGUGGAGUGGACGGACUGUAAGGACAUGAAGGUCCAUGUGUAUGAGGACGGCUCUGACAGAACUAAUGAACAGGACGAUGAAUUCAGAAACAGAACAGAGAUGAAAGAAGACCCACUGAGAACUGGAGACCUCAGUCUGACCCUGAAACACCCCACAGACCAGGACACCCACAUCUACACCUGCACCGUCUACAACAGAGAGAAGGAGAUCCUGAGGAGGAAACGAGUGGAACUGUGGGUCACAGGUCAACAGGUGGAGGUGGAGGAGGGGGCGUGGUCGGCCCUGCUGCCCUUCAGAACGACCCCUGACCUGCCUCAGGACACCACAGUGGGGUGGAGGUACCGUACUAAUGACCUGGAACUCAUACAUGUCCAUGUGUCUGAGAAGAAGUCAGCUCAACCUGAUGAACAGAACUAUAGAUACAGAAACAGAACAAAGAUGAAUGAAGACCCAUGGACGACUGGAGACUUCAGUCUGACCCUGAAAUACCCCCAACAGGACGACUCUGGAAGAUAUUUAUGUUUAGUCAGCAGAGAUGAAGUCAUCCUGAGAAGGAAAGCAGUGAGGCUGAAGGUCAAAGGUCAGAGUUCAGGUGCAGGUCAGAGGUCACGUGUGUCUCUGUCCUCUGUCUCCUCUGCAGACAGAACUCAGGUCACAUAUCAGUUUCCUCCAAUAAGCUCAGAUGCAGAAGCUGAAGCAGCUGUUUGAUUGCUCUGUUGUGUGUGUGUUUGUGUUUGUCCAGUCCAACUCCUAAACUGAGGCUUGAUCUUAUUCCUCUUGAAUAUAUGAAACAGGUCAAUCCAAUAGAAAUACACACACUUCAAACACUCAGACUGGGCUGUUCCACUCUUCAUUAUUGUAUUUCUAGUGUUUGUUUCUCUGUGAUGACAGUCUGUCCUCCAAACCAAAGAAAAGCCAAACAAUCCAAUCCAAAGCACUGCAGCCAAAUCUGACAAAUGAACACUGUCAGAGAGGAUGGAUUUUCCACCAGGAUGAUGAUGUGAACCCUAUCUGUAAAUCCACCAUGGACCAGCUCACAGACUCCAGCUGAAGGUUUGGAACGCACCUCACAGUCCCAGACUGGAACAUCAUUGAACAUCUGUGGGUAGGUCUGUCAUGGGGGGAUUGAAUGUUCCCAAAGCUCCAGUUGGAUUUAGUUGUCGUUGGUGUCCAUUUGGUUUUGCCCUCGUUAGUUUCAUGGUUUGUCCAAACCUCUAUAUCUGCUCCCACUGAGUCUCAUUCUGUCGGCUCAGUUUUGGUCCGUUUGUUGAAUGCAUCAGUUCUUGUUCUCAGCCUUAGUGUCUAUUAUUUUUGUGUCCAGUUCUGGGAUGUGGAGCUCUUUUCUCUGCUUAAUUGUUCAAACUAUCAUUUGUAAUCCUUUUUUGGAUCAUUUGGGCUGAAUAAACCCCACAGCUGUGUCCUGCUCGUCUUACUGCUCGGUCCCAAACAAAGAUCAGAGAGAACAGUGAAGCAUGGGUCCAGUCCUCCAGAGACAGCACAUGGAAUCCAAAGCUACAAAAGCAGCACAUCCAGUAGAAAGCCACCCAAUCCAUCAGCACAGGAUCACAGACAGGGAUGGAAACAGACAUCACAUAUGGACACACAGCAUCCAUGAGCAUGACACACACAACAGACACACAUAUGUUUGACACAAGGGCAACGGAGGAGCCCAGAGCAGAACACCCCAGUAAAGUCCAACAGUUUGAUUAACAGGCAAACUGUCCACAGACAGGACAGACAGCAGGGCAGUCAGACAGGCGCUGGGUCUGGAGCCGGGGAAUCCCAACGGGACCAGGAGGGCCCAGGCUGGAGACCUGGGCGGAGACGGAAGGAGGGGGUGUCAAGCCGCAUUAUGUAAUAAAUUCCCAUUAUGUAAUAAAAGUUCAAAAUGUAAUAAAAAUGUCACGUCAUCUUGUAAUA